CAAGUGCGGUCUCUCACUUCCGUUCCACGCGACAUCAACAUGGAUGAGUUUCUUGCUCGUGCAGAGAAAGCGGAGAAAGAGAUUGCAUCACUGGAGUCGGAGAUUGCCAGGUUGAAGGACCCAGAGAGGCUGAUUGCAGAGGACUCGGUCACACCAGAGUUGGACAAACUUAGGACAGAGAAUGCUAAACUUAAGUUCCAGAUUGUACAUUUGAAGCGAAAUAUUGCUGCAGAGAAGUCUAAAUCAUCCAACAACAUGCUGAGCAUAGCCAGUAUCCUUCAGGAUAUCUUCAAGCAAGCUAUCAACCAGGCUUAUCCUGAUCUUGCCAACCCACCCCUGGUGGUCACUGUGAGCACUAAUGAGAAGUUUGGGGACUAUCAAUGCAACAGUGCCAUGGGUAUAGCACAGAUACUGAAGUCCCAGGGUCAGAAGGCUUCCCCCAGGGAUAUAGCUCAGGCUAUAGUUGGUAAACUGCCUGAGAACGAGCUCAUAGAUAAGACUGAAAUUGCGGGACCAGGCUUUAUUAAUGUUCAUCUGAAGAAGGAUUUCAUAUCGGUGCAACUGAGAGAUUUGCUAGGCAAAGGAGUGCGUCCUCCUGUUAUAGCAGCAAAGAAGCGAGUAGUGGUUGAUUUCUCUUCACCAAACAUUGCCAAGGAAAUGCAUGUUGGACAUCUAAGGUCCACCAUUAUUGGUGAGAGCAUCUGCCGUCUGUGUGAAUUUCUAGAGCACGAUGUUCUGAGGUUGAAUCAUAUAGGAGACUGGGGGACACAGUUUGGGAUGCUGAUUGCACACCUCAAAGACAAGUUCCCAAACUACCUGACAGUGUCGCCACCUAUUGGGGAUCUGCAGGCCUUCUACAAGGAAUCCAAGGUUCGUUUUGACAAUGACGAAGAGUUCAAAAAGCGUGCAUAUGCAGCUGUUGUCAGCCUCCAGGCCCAUGAACCUGACUCUCUCAAAGGAUGGAACUUGAUAUGUGAUGUAUCCAGGAUGGAAUUUGAGAAAAUAUACCAACGGCUUGAUGUAUCCAUUGUGGAGCGAGGUGAAUCUUUUUACCAAGAUUUGAUGAGCGAAGUGGUGAAAGAACUGGAUGCAAAAG